AUGCCGCCCUUCAACCUUGAAACAUGUGCGCGUCCGAAUAUUCUAGCCCUUGAGCCUUACCGUUGCGCCAGAGACGACUACAAAGAUGACGGUACCAACAUUCUCCUCGACGCAAACGAGAACGCCUACGGCCCCUCCUUGCAGUCCAACUUCGAGGCUGGCAACCUGGGCAUCGACUUCCUCGGCCUGAACCGGUACCCCGACCCGCAUCAGCCGGAGCUCAAGCAGCUGCUCUGCGACCUGCGCAACACCCACACCCACACGGCCAGGGACCUGAAGCCCGAGAAUCUCUUCGUCGGCGUCGGCAGCGACGAGGCCAUAGACGCCCUGCUGCGGUGCUUCUGCGCCCCCGGCAAGGACCGCAUCCUGACCUGCCCGCCGACCUACGGCAUGUACUCGGUCUCUGCGCAGAUCAACGAUGUGAGCAUCGUCAAGGUCCCGCUGAAGCCCGCGCCAGGGUUCGGCAUGGACACCGACGCCAUCCUCGACACGCUGACCCGGGAGGGCGACACCAUCAAGCUCGUCUAUCUCUGCACGCCGGGCAACCCCACCGGCUCGGUGCUGGCCAAGGAGGACGUCCGGAGGGUCCUGGAGCACCCGACGUGGAACGGCGUCGUCGUGCUCGACGAGGCCUACGUCGACUUCGCGCCCGAGGACAGCUCGCUGGCCGAGUGGGUGCUCGAGUGGCCCAACCUGGUCGUUAUGCAGACCCUCUCCAAGGCCUUUGGCAUGGCCGGCAUCCGCCUCGGUGCCGCCUUCACCUCGCCGCCCAUCGCCCGCCUCCUGAACGCCAUGAAGGCGCCGUACAACAUCUCCACGCCCACGAGCGCGCUCGCGCAGUACGCCGUGUCCGACAGGGGGCUGGCCGUCAUGCGCGCCAACCGGGCCAGGAUCCUGGCGCAGCGGGACCGCAUCAUCGCCGAGCUGCCCAAGGUCCCCGGCGUCGGCAGGCUGCGGGGCGGCACGGAGAGCAACUUCCUGCUUUACGAGAUGCUGGACGCGGCGGGGAACCCGGACAACGCCACGGCGCUGGCCGUGUACGAGCGGCUGGCGGAGGACAAGGGCGUCGUCGUCCGGUUUCGCGGCAAGGAGCACGGCUGCCUGGGGUGCCUGAGGAUCACGAUCGGCACCGAGGACGAGGUUACGCGGUUCCUGGCGUCGAUCGAGAAGGUCUUGGCCGAGGUCCGCGGCGCCGGACGGCAGCCGGACGAGGAGAAGAAGGAGGCGGCGGCGAGCGGUGUGGUCGCUUAG